UCGUGCGUGCACUUAUUAAUGCGAACGUGAAUUGCAUGAAAAAGAUAGAGGGGAAUUGUGCUUAUUAUUAGAAGAGUAAGAAACGAAUUUUUAUUUCUUUCAUCGUGUAAUUGGCGAAUGUUUUUAACGAUUCCGUAAAAUCUUAAAAAUAUAUAACGGUUGAUCGCGAAUGCAUUUCCUCGUGCGUCUAAUAAUACACGAAACGACAUAUCUAUAUGAUCUAUCGCUGAAUUGAAGUCUUAUGUUAUGGAGUAAUUGAUAAAAAAAAGUUUGUGCGUAAAGAAACUGUAAGUUUCAGCUUUCAAAAUCUUAUCGAGAAUGUCGAAACAUUUUGUAACACUUUCAACCGGCGGUGUGCGAUCAAUGACUCGUUUGAUAUGACUUCUGGUGUUAACUGGGAAUUUCGUGGUUUUCGCUAUAAACGCAGUAGCAAACGGACAUGAAAAAUGCUGCGUUUACUUGAGAAUAAUCGUACUUUGUUGUCGUUACGAUCCACUAGUGCUGUUAUUUCGUGAAUUUCGAAAGUUUAAAUAAAACUCGGAGAACAUAACCUAAGCAGGUUAUUUAUGCCUACUUCUGCCUCUAAGUACAUUUUUAUAGUUGUUAAGAAACUUUCCAGUUUUUCAAGAUGUUGGAAGGACUUGUAGCCUGGGUGUUGAAUAAUUACCUGGGAAAGUAUGUUGAGAAUUUGAACACAGAUCAACUAAGCAUUGCUUUAUUGUCAGGGGAGGUUGAAUUAGAAAAUUUGCCAUUAAAGAAGGAAGCAUUACGUCACAUUGGAUUACCAGUGGAAAUAAAGGCAGGUUUCAUAGGUAAAGUCAGGCUGCAAGUACCUGUUCGUCAAAUAAGGACAGCAUCUUGGGUCAUAGUCAUAGAACAACUUUAUUUAGUAGCAGGACCAAUAAGUUUGGAUGAGUUUGAUAAUGAAGCAGAGGAACAAGCAAUAGUAGAAUGUAAACUGAGUAGAUUAGAUUCUUUAGAAGCAAGAUGGAGAGCAGACACAGAACGUGAUCCUGGUUAUUAUGCUACCAGUUAUAGUUCUUGGGUUAAUUAUGGCACCUCUUUAGUAACAAAUAUCAUUGAAAAUUUGCAACUUAACAUUAAAGAUGUCCACAUAAGAUAUGAAGAUGGGGUAGCAUUAUCAGAUGAUAGUGGCAUUGCCCUUGGUGUGACUAUAGGAGCCUUAACUGCUCAAAGUUGCGAUGCUACGUGGAUACCUGGUUCUACUUCAUGGAACCUUACAGAUGCUUCCUUUAAACUUAUGGAGCUUGAUAGACUUUCUGUUUACUGGAAUCACCUGAAAUCCGACGAGUUUUUUGGUUCUCUCAAUCUCGGUGAUUUAGCUAUUGCUAUGAGCGAGCCAAAGAACAUAAUAAAAAAGCACAUUCUGUCGCCUGUUAGUGCAAGAGCACAUAUUAAAAGAGAUAGGUCUGAACGACCAUUGAGAUCUACAAACAAACCGAGAAUCAUCGUAGAUCUUUUGUUGGACGAUGUUCCCCUAUGUAUUACAGAUGUGCAAUACGAACAAAUAAUCAAGUGCAUAAAAGGCCUGAAAGAUAUAGAUCGUCGCAAGCAACAGAGACGCUGCCGUCCGUCAGUUAGCGUCUCUGCGGCACCUAAAGAAUGGUGGAAAUAUGCAGCGCGAUGUCACAUUGGUAGGGAAACUCUUAAACCUAAAUUAUGUUGGGAAGAUAUGCUUCAAAGAGGCAAAGAGAAUAUCUUGUACGUCGAGACUUACACUAAAUUACUAGGGACGCCAACUAGUAUUUUACCAGCAGAUAAUAAGCAGUUGAAGGAAAAGGUUGAACAAGAGAGAAGUUUUGACGAACUUAGGGUAUUAAGAGAAAUAGCGAUGCAAAGAGUUAGGCCGCCAAAACCUGUUCCAAAUUCGGAUGUCAAUGUACCGCAACCUCGGGGAAUGCUCGAACAAUGGUUUCCACAGUGGUGGGGGUGGUAUUCGAAGGCACCGCAUACAAAUACUCAGGGCACAUCGUCCACUUUCGACGGGGAACUUCUAGAUGUUUUAGCAGAUACUAUAGACGACGAUACGUUAUUACGUCGCGAUACUGUAUUCGGACAAUUUAAUUUCACGUUAUCGAAAGGCGCUGUUUCACUUUGCACAACGAAGAGCGAUAACGAAUGUACAAAAACUGUAAUAGAGUUACAAUUCGAACGAGUAAAUUUAAGUUACGAUUCGAGGCCAAGGUCUGGAUCACACAAGUUUUUUAUCAGUUUGGGAGCGUUGUAUUUGCACGACUAUCUCACCGAAAAUUCUACUUUUCCAAUUUUGGUACAACCUCAAGUAAUGUCGUUCGCAACAUCGCGGACACGUAGCUCCACGGAGAAAUUGACGAACCAAUUGCCACAGCAUUUGUUCGAGAUGACUUAUGAAAAACGCCCGUUGCACUUGAGUGCUGAUCACUCUUUACACGUUAACUCGAAGUCUCUGGAUAUCGUUUAUAAUCCUACCGUGAUACAUUGGCUCAUAGAUUUUAUGUGCAAGCCGCACAGGUCAUCGUCCAAUCAAAGAUUUCAAGCAAUGAAGCGUAGAACGCGAAGACAACUUAUAAAAAAUUGGGAACAAAUUUUGGAAGGGGACUUCGUGUACCGUUCUUCGUGGGAUUUACAGUUCAACAUAUCCGCACCUCAGAUUUUGUUAGUAGAAAAUUUUACGGAUUCCAAUGCCGCGGUUGUAGUUGUCGACUUUGGUAAACUUCAUUUAACGAAUUAUGUACAAAAUGACGAAGUAAUUAUGAAGCCAGGCUCAGGAACAAAUAGCGACGACGAAGACGAGAGAUUCGAGACACCUUGCUCAACUCCGCCUGGCAGCCAAGAAAAUGGUUCCGUUCAAGAUUUUCAGACCAUAUCGGAAACAGCGUUGCACCAAAAGCUGUACGAUCAUUAUUCUAUCGAUUUGGUCGAUUUGCAGAUUUUAGUAGGAAAAGUAAAAGAUAAUUGGAAACACGUACGAACUAGAGGAAUGUCUAGCUUACAUGUUUUGGAGCGUUUCAAUAUAUCAUUGCAAAUCGAGAGACGCGUUUUCUCUACGUCGGAUCCAAACUUUCCGUCUGUAACGGUGUCGGGAAAUCUGCCAAGAUUAGUAGUACAUGUCAACGAACAAAAGGUAGAGGCAAUCAGACUGAUGUAUACUUUGCUUUCAAGUUUCUCGAAGUCUACCGGAAUUCCACAAACAGACGUGGUCAACUUAGAACCCGAGAGUCCAAAGAAAGAAGAAAAUGCGGACAAGGGUGGGAGCCACGUAGUGAUGGUUCAAUUCAUUAUCGAUCAAAUGACCUUCGAAUUGCAAUCUAGAGGUCGCAGUGUGGCAGAGCUUCAAGUUUCUGGAGUUAGAGCUGCCUUUAGUAGAAGGACAGCCGAUGUCAAUGUUUCCUUGUCGGUGCAUGGGUUACUUCUCGUCGACGCUCUUCAAGAAUUUGGUCCUGACUUUGAGUUAUUAGUAGCCAGUCACAAACAUGUUGGAAUGGAUAGUAUUUCUGGUAGUUUAAGAGACUCGGAACCGACGUCACCUGUCUCACCAGAGUCUCCGGGAUCUCCUGAUCCUACGCUAUCGAAGAGACUAACUUCUCCUGUCGCUUUGAAUAAUGCUUUAUCUACCUUGGCAAGUAAAACCAAGAAUCCUCAGUCUCCAAGAAAUAAUUCAUUCAUCGAACUGGACAAGAUGGACUCUGAAGCUUUAAUCGUUGUCGAGUUAACAUUGGUAUACGAUAAUUUGGAAAAUUUGAGAGUUGCCAACAUACAGUUCAACAAUUUGGACAUUAUCGCCAAUCAAGAAACAAUAGUAGAACUGAUGGGAUUCUAUAGGCGAAUAUUUCCAUCUCGAAAACUGAGGAAAAACAUAGAAAGACAGGAAUCGCUUUCGAAUAUGACCGUAGAGCCAAAAGUUUCGACCAGGACGGAAAUAACUUUCGAUUUUCAUAGAUUGAACGUUUUACUUUUGCGGGCGGUAAUGCAUGAUAAUCAUUUGGUAGGUCAAAAGAUUGCCACUGCUACAAUGUGCGAUGCUCGUAUACAAGCAACUUUAGCAGUACACACUUCGAUUUCUGGAUCGCUCGGAGGUCUCCAAGUAUUGGAUCAAACAUCAACUGGCAAAACGCAUCAACGAAUUAUCAGCGUUGGAAGAGACCCUAUCGCAGAUCCACCUCAACAACAACUGGAACAUUUUACUAGUCUAUCCAACCAGCCAGAGGCACUCCGAUUCUCAGCGAAUCGCUGUACCAAAUCCAGCGCGCAACAGCAGGACGGAACGGAGACGUUGAUAGAUCUAACGAUACGUAUAGGCAGCGUAUGGUAUACACAUGCUCCUCAUUUGCUCUCCGAACUACGUUCGUGUGCUGAUGAAUUUAAACAGUAUUUGAAGAAUCUUGCUCGCCAGAUUAGCGCUGCGGCCACGGAUAUGGCUAUUGGCUUAGUUAAUGCGGAAGAUUGGACAAUACCACCGCGUAGACGUUUACCAAGCCUAUCUGUAGACUUAGAGAAUCCAAGUACCUUAUCUUUGAAGUUGGACAUACUUCUCGAUAGUCCUGUAUUGGUGAUACCCCGAUCAUCCCAUAGUCGUCAAGUAUUUGUUGCUCAUCUGGGUACGAUGUUCUUGCAACACGAGCCUAAUCUUGGGUCCAUGGUAAAGCAUAAGUUGACGUUGGAAGUUCGAGAUAUGAAUUUGUAUUCUCUUGAAAUAUCUGCUAAUCCCCAUAGCCAGGGUCACAGCAAUUUACCUUUAAGAGCAGAAGAGAUGUAUUCUUGUAAAGAGUCGGGUAAACCAAUUCUACACGAUACCGUCUUAAAAAUUGUAGUUGAAAAAGAAAACGCGUUGGCGCAAAGUCCCAGUUAUUUCAUCGACGAGUUCUCGAAUAAUCCAAUCGUUCAGGUUCACGGAGUCGUGAUGACGCCUCUGAAAGUAUCUUUGUCUCGAGGACAGUACGAACAACUGUUGGAUACGAUAAAUAGAUUGUUUUCAAUGCCUGUAGCGGUACCAGUUGUCCAGAAGUCACAAGUGAUGAACAAGGUACCGACUUACUCCGAUAAGCUUGAUCUUUCCAUUAAGGUUUUAUUCGAAUUGCCCACGCUGAGCGUAGAAUUAAAACAAGGCCUCCUAGAACAACCGUUAGUCGAAUUGUCUAUGAGAGAUUUCGUUGCUAAGUACGAGAAGUUGCAAAGAAAUGAAUCCACCAUUCAGGUUGCCUUGCGUUCUCUGCUGAUGGAAGAUUUGUUAUGUCCUAUUGGUACGCGACAUCGAUGCAUGAUGCAAUCAUCAGCACCGACGCGCGCAAAGCUUCCUGCUGGCGUUUCGAAGUCCUGUCCAGACUUUGCAUUCGUGCAGCAGUUCAGAAGCGAGUUUGGACGUGGAAGUUUGCCUGACAGAUUAGAGACCGACACGUUGUACGGUACAAUUCCUGCUCAUUGGCGUCGGAAACCAGUUUCAUUAGUGGACACACCGAAUACUCCACCUCCGUCACCUGGUGCGUCUACGAGCGAAGAAAAUCUAGUGCUAAUGAGCAUCACGAUAACCGAACCAGAUCCUGAUCAGCCAACAAAGGACCAGUUUCAUCAGAAAAGCGUUACCGUCGAUUUCAACUGCUUGGAUUUGGUAAUAAGCGUAGAGUCUUGGAUGGUGGUUUUCGAUUUCUUCGGAUUCGCAGGACCGUCGAGAGCCAAUCCUAAACUUGCCACCCAUCAAACGUCCAUCGAUGUGGAUCAACUAGACAAGGCGGACAAUCUGCCUUUGCGAUCGGAAACAGAAAUAGAAGUUAGAUCGUUGACAUUGGUGCUAAUACAGUCCGAGAGAGAAAUUGCGAAAGCCAACGUGUCCAAUGCCAAUAUGCAUAUUUUAAAGGCGAAUGGAAAGACGAAAGUAUCAGGGUCGUUGGGAUCCAUGUCCUUGCUAGAUCUGACGCCGCACGGGAGGUUUUACAGGGAGAGGUUUCUAUCCUCGGGAAGGAAAGCUCUGAACUUUCAGUAUUCAAGUUAUAUAGACACCGAGAAACGACCUUAUGACGCUCAAUUAAAAUUAGAAAUGUCCGCAGUCCAUUAUGUACAUACUCAGAGAUUCGUAGCGGAACUUCAGGCAUUUUUUUGUCACUUUUCACAAUUGUGGACCAUCAUGGCGAAUUUGAAGGCUGGUGUUGGAGCUAUUAUAGAUACCAAUAAACGAAGCAUGAGGUUAUCAUUGGAACUUCACGCGGGCGCGCCUGUGAUUUUAUUGCCAGUUAGUUCGAGGUCUGAUGAAUUGAUACUGUUGGACUUGGGAGAACUGACCGCUCACAACCAAUUUGCAAUUUCCGAAGUGAUGGACAAAUGUCUGCUAGAUAUAAUGUUUCUCGAAUUGGUCAACAUGGAUGUUUAUGCAGCCAAGAGAGUCAACUGCGACGAUCAGAGCGAAAAUAUAGACACUCUGGUCGUUGGUGGCUUUCUUAUCAAGAGACUUGGAUCAUCUUUACUCACGGAGAUGUGUCACUUGAAGCUACGCAUUGAAAGAAAUUUGGACACCUAUAUCAGCAGAGAAAUUCCUGACUUGAGUAUACACGGGACACUGUCAACGAUGGAUUGCGCUUUAGAUCCCGCUCAAUACAUGCUAAUUCGAGGUCUUCUCUCUUACAAUAUCGGAGAAAAUUUGGACGACUUACGGCUGUUCAUGCAAGAUUUGAAUCAAACCGUUGAGUACUCCAUGGUUAAUGUAGAUAAUCGAGAAACGAUUUGGAAGAAAUCAUGCAUAACUCUCGAGUUGGUCAACGUCACCGUUAAGUUACAUCCGAAUCAUAAUAUCGCGGCUCUAGCGUGUAUCAAUUUCAUCAAAUCUAGGCUGACUCUGGAUUCAUUGAGCGAUGGCUCGCAGGAUAUAGAUCUAGUGUCUCAAGAGAUAUUGAUCACGGACAUGCGGUUUCAGGAUGAGCCCGCUAGUAGCCAGUCGAACGUUUUCACAAGUAUUUUGCAGCCUUUGAGGAAUUCCAACAACGAGAAUCGCGUACAGGCCGAGGUACAUCACAGGAGACGCAAGGUGAACGCGGCAACAACUAUUCUCGUGCACAGUAUGCGUUUGACUGCUAUACUGGACUGGUGGGAAGCUGUACGAGACUUCUUAAUAUUAAAUUCUCCAGAGCCGGAACCUAUUCUUGGAAUAGUUACCUAUUCUAUGGAAAGUAAUCAAGAAAAUGAGAACAAUGCUCCAGCUACUAUACCGCUCGAAUUAAAGAUCAAUAUCACUGAUUCAGAAUUGGUGAUUGUAGAAGACACGUCGGUCCGUGAUACGAAUGCUGUGAUUCUAAAGAGUACAGCCGUUCUUUCGUACAGAUCUGCCCCUCAAGAAGGAGAGAAACCUCUCUCCUGUAAUUUGUCUCAUUGCGAAUUGUUCUCCUGCAUCCUAGGAUUAGAGGAAGAGACUGCUCUCUCUAUAAUCGACCCUGUAGGGGCUAGCUUAGACCUAACACAGGAGAAGUGUCUCGAAGUACAACUACAGCCGUUGUGCGUGAGAUUGAGCUAUCACGACGUGACGAUGUUUUCCAGGAUGCUCAGCUCACUUCCGAAACAGACUUUGGUAGCGAAGCAACGCUCGAACGAAGCGUUGACCUCUCUCGAAAUACAAGUACAAAAGUUAACAGCCCUUGGGUUCAUGGAGUCCGAUUGCAGGGCAGCGUUGCAACUCUGCAAUGGCCAAUUGGACGAAGCGGCCUUGUGGUUGACGCAAAACGCGGUACCUAAUUCUGACGUUAAUACGAAGAACGAGUCUAUUUUCCAUACUGUUGAUUUACAAACUUCCUGUGCAAGGAUAUGUAUCAUAGACGAUUGUAGAGAUGCCGACGUGCCAUUGCUGGAAAUCUCAUUGUUAGAUUUCAGUUUAAGACAGGAUUGCGUAGGACCGGGUCUUCUGUCUUCUACUUUCAGCAUCGAUUACUAUAACAGAGUUCUCAGUGGCUGGGAACCUUUCAUCGAACCUUGGCGUGCUACCAUUCAAUGGGAACAGACGUUGAUGAACUCCCUUAAUUCGCAGAGACUGCAGGUGUCUGUAGAUUCUCAGGAUUCCGUUGACGUUAACGUCACUUCAACGUUGAUAGAACUGAUAGAGUUAGUCAAGAAUAACUGGAUGCAAGAUUUCUACUUGACUUCCAUUAAAGAUAUGAACGUGAACAAACCAUCGGGAAAUGGACAGGCGUACCGACGUAGACUACCUUUCAUUCCGUUUGCAUUGAAAAAUGAAACGGGAUGUAAAUUGUGGUUCAAAACUAUCAUCGCUACCGCGGAUGAUACUAAGGAUGUUGGACACAAUUUCAAAGCGAAAAACGAUUUUCAAAAGGAUGAUACGUGGAUUGAAGUCACUUCGGGCGACACUGUUCCCUUCACCUUUGAAGGGAGAGGAAAAUUGAGGCACCACGCCACGCAUACAGUCCGAAGACAUCAGAUCACAGUACUUGUGGAUGGCUGGAGAGCAGUAGACCCUGUUACAGUAGAUCGCGUUGGGAUAUACUUUCGACAUGUAAAUGGAAAUAUAACUGGUUCACAGACGAAUGAACGAUUGUUUCAGAUGUUAACAGCAAAGGCUAGAAUAGUAUUUGCAGUCGAAUUAGAGGGAUCAGCUAGAAAAUUAGUAACUGUUAGAUCAGCUUUACAAAUAUCGAACAAAUUAAGACACAUGGUGGAGAUUAAAAUGGAGAAGUCUUUAAAUCACUUCGAAUAUCUACCUCUGACUCUGUCUGUUAGCGAUAGAAUUCUGCAAGUACCUGCACAGUCCACUAUAUCGGUACCUUUAACGCAUACCGGUGUGCAAAUGUGUCUGAAACCUAUACAUUUAAAUAAUAUAUUCCAAUAUUGUACAGAAACGAUAGAUUGGACAGUGGUGAAGAAACCGCUGGAAGUCAUAGAAAAUCGUAUUACGUGUAGAGCUAAUCACAAUAAUAUAUUUAGAAUGUGCGUAGCAGUGAUGCGAGACAAUUAUCCAUUGGAUACGAGUGUAAUGCUCCCAGCGCACACGAUAACCGUGAUGGCUCCGCUCACUUUAACCAAUUUAUUGCCACAUGAAUUGCUCUUCGAAGUAGGUACAGAAAGUGGUCGUAUUCUACCUGGUGGUAGCGCCGACUUGCACACGGUAGAUAUCGAAGAGCAAUUAGAGAUUACGAUACAACUAGAUGGUUAUUCCGGACCAGGAUCGAUGUUAUUGCCACCAAACACAAGUUCUUUCACUGCUCGUCUUCGACUGGCGGAUUCCUCUGGGAGGAUAUUGUUUCUACAUGCAGCUGUUAAUAUAGAAAAAGGUUCCGCCACUCAAAUUAACAUUACUGCGCCGUAUUGGAUUAUAAACAAAACAGGUUUACCUCUGGUAUUUCGGCAAGAGGGUGUCGGAGUUGAAGCAGCUGGACAGUUCGAGGAACAUGAAAAGGCUAGAAUGGUAGCACCAUUAUUGUUCUCUUUCAGCGAUGAAGAAGCAAGCAGAACUUUAUCGGUUAGGGUUGGCACUGCGGUGCAUCCUCAGGGAGUACCACAGUGGUCCCAGCACUUUUACUUACAGCCUGGAAUACAGGUACACCGUCUUAGAAUAUCUUUGCGUGAUGGUCGACCUGAUAUAGUGUAUCUGAUCAGUGUGGCUACUCGGACAGCGAGAGGAAAAUAUAGAGCUACGACUGUAGUUACAUUGUCCCCUAGAUAUCAAUUGCAUAAUAAGUCGAGUUGUACGCUAGAGUUGGCACAAAAAUGUUUCACCACAACAAUUAGUCACCCAGAUGCUCAGGCAACGUACAUUAGAACAAUGCCAGACUGUCACAUGCCGUUUCAUUGGCCACGUCUUGAUAAAGAUUUACUGUUGUGCGUCCGUAUCAUGGAUGUCAAAGAUUGCAUGUGGUCAGGUGGUAUCAAACUAGACGAUAACUAUUCGCUGACCAUUAACAUUAGGGAUGCGGCAGGGAGAAUGCAUUUUCUUCGAGUAGACGUGGUUUUACAAGAAAGCACGUACUUUAUAGUGUUUACAGAUGCAGACACUAUGCCACCGCCUAUAAGAGUUGAUAAUUUCUCAGAAGUUGCUCUAGUGGUUAAUCAGGUCACCGUACACGACAAUUUACAAUGGACCGUGAGACCUCAUUCAUCGGUACCAUAUGCGCUGGAUGAACCAAUACAGUCUGCUGGUUUAGUGUUAACAGCACCUGGAGGUGUAACAGCUACGUACGAUUUGAAUAUACUCGGAGAGAGCAGAGGUCUGACUUAUGAGAACUUUAUUUACAUCGCCUUCACGGGAACAUUUAAAACUGACUGUGAUCUGGGGACAGGAGAGGGUGGUCUAGAUCCCCUAGACGUCGAGACGCAAAGAUUGGUCUUAGAAGCUGGUCCUGGUGGUUGGGUUGCUUUGCGAAGAAAGCAAUACGGGGCCAGAUCCCAGUUGUGGAGGAUGACCGGUGACGGUCAGUUGCAACACGAAGGUUCCAGUCCACCGAGAGAUAAGCAUUCGAAAACCCCGGAAAUGGUGUUGGUUCUAGACAUCGCUGGUACUGCGCCUCAACCGUUUACAUAUUGCGCGCUUGCGUUAAGGAAACCUGAUCCUAGAAGAAGAUCGACACAAACCUGGCGGUUUACCGAUGAUGGUCGAUUGUGCUGCGCGCAUAAAAAUAUGUGCGUUCAGUCAAAAGAUGGAUUCAUGGGGUUACACGAAGGCGGCAGUGUCGCCCGUUGGCAAAUGUGGAGCGAAGCGGUAUUGGGUCCCCAAAUUCACAGCAGUCCUCCACCGAUCGAACAACGCGUAGGAAGACAAAAGUUGCGACCGGGAUCUGGUUUCUUGUCUGUCAGAGUAACAACUGAUGGCCCAACUCGAGUGUUACAAGUAUUGGAUAUCAAAGAACGGAAAAAAACCUUCGCUUUGCUGGAAGAACGCGAUUGGUCACACAUUGCCGUCAGUCACCGGCCAACACAAAUAAAUACAGAUGCUGAGAACCUAAAUUCCCGUGAAUUAGAACUGAGAGUUAAUUUAACAGCUGGUCUCGGAUUAUCAAUCGUGUCUCGAAGACCUGUCGAGGAGUUGCUGUUUGCCCGAUUGGCUGGUAUUUCGUUAGAACUUGUACAAACCCCUGCCAAUACCACCCUAGACUUAAGCAUAGAAGACAUACAAAUUGACAAUCAGUUGUUCGAAGCACAAUGCACGUCUGUCUUGUAUGUAACUCGAUCUACGCGUACGGAAAGUGAACCCAGACCGUCGAUACACGUGGUCGCUGAAAAGCUGAAGUCUAAAAAUCAGAAUGCAGAGAUAUAUAAACACGUGAUCGUGAGCAUAAAGCCACUUUGUAUACAUCUGGAAGAAAAGCUGAUCUUGAAAUUGGCCGCGUUCGUCGGAGCAGGAAGAUCGGAAUUGGAGGUGCCAGUAGACGAGAACGAUUUUAAGGCUCAACGAUUUAUUUCCGAAGUGUCUGCAGCACACGCGAAACGAUACUACUUUGGCGCUUUAAAAAUUGUCCCUAGUCAGAUAAAAUUGAGCGUGCUCACCACUAUGAAGCUGCCUCGACAUCUUCAAGCGAUAAAGAGACAAUUAGGGUUAACCUUGAUUAAAUUCGAAGACGCCACGAUCGAAUUGGACCCUUUCCUCAAAAAACAUCCAUUCGAAAGUACUCAGUUUUUAGUACAUUCCAUAAUAAAACAUUACAAAGACGAACUGAAGUGGCAAGCCGCGGUAAUACUAGGGUCUGUAGAUUUUCUGGGUAAUCCCCUUGGGUUCGUGAACGAUGUCACCGAGGGGGUUUCCGGUUUAAUCUACGAAGGAAGCGUUAAAACGUUAGUGAAGAAUGUCACGCAUGGUAUCUCGAAUUCGGCUGCUAAAGUGACAGAGUCCCUGUCAGAUGGAAUAGGACGAGUUAUAAUGGAUGAAAGACACGAGGAAGCUAGACAAAGAAUACGAGCCAACACCGCAGGUAGCAGCGACCACUUAGUAGCUGGUUUGAAGGGUUUUGGUUUUGGUUUACUGGGCGGUGUUACAAGCAUCUUCAAGCAGACAUACGACGGUGCUGCGAACGAAGGAUUUCCAGGUUUCUUUGCGGGUUUCGGCAAAGGAGUGGUUGGGACGAUCACCAAACCGGUUGUAGGAGUUUUAGAUCUUGCCACGGAAACUGCCACUGCUGUACGAGAAACAAGUAGAAGUGCUCAUCGAACGAUACCAAAGCGGGAUAGGCCUCCUCGCGUGGCGAGCGGUCCCGCUGGCUUAUUACCGCCAUACAACCGCCAACAAGCAGAGGGUCAAGAGUUCCUCUAUACCGUGAACAAUCAUGACUACUCGGAACUGUUUGUAGCGUACGAAUGUCUACGGAGUGGUACAGAGAAUCUAAGGGUGCUGGUGUCCAACGAGAGGGUACGCGUUAUUUCUGGCGGAACCAAAGGAGUCGUGACCGAAGUCAGCUUAGCAGACCUGCUGUAUUGCCAACCGACGCAUAAACUUGAAAAUAACAGCGCAACAUUGUAUUAUAUAGAAUUAAUAUCCAGAUCAGAUUCAGCAGUGAACGUAAGCGUCGACGGUCCUGAACUUCUGAGGAGACCGAAGGUCCGAUGCGAAAACGAGGAAGUGGCCAAACGAGUUUCGCAACAAAUCAAUUACGCCAAGGGGAUGCACGAGGAACACAGUUUGACUCUUUCUUCGUCGGAUAACAUGGUGGAUGACGUUCAAUACUACAAGUAGUUGCAGAUCACCGCGCACUGAUAUUUUAUACUUUCGGUUUUAUUUAUCACGUAUAGGUUGUAUGCUAGUCAGUUCUUUGAUUUCUCUACGUUUCUCUUUGUUUAUUUUUUUAACAGUGCACAUGAGGAUGCCUUACUACGCUUAAAUUAAGUUGACGAUAAGACUGAUGCAAGGCACCAUCAAUACUUGGAACUUAACGAAAUGUAUCAGUUCGUUAAUACAAUUCGUAGAAAACGUGAGAACAUUUGGUUGUCGCACAGCUAGCGCACGUAUACUUUUGAUACUGGUAUUGAGAUAAAAGAGAAGGUCUCCCGUAAUGCGUGAGAGAUUUUUUAAUAUUGUAUUAAAUGUAUAUAUAUGUGUAUAACGUGUAAAAUAUAGGCGAAUAAGAUAUUUAUUUACGGGAAUGUAAUCUACUUAAAGCUAUACCGCGUAAAGAGAAAUCGCAAAAACCAAAAUUUUCACAUAGAGUAGAGAACGGUAUUAAUUUUCUAUUAACGAGUUUGAUAUUUUGCGAAUUACUUCGACUUGGAUAAACUGUAUUUUUUAUGAUAUUAAACGUAGAAGUUAACGUUAAGUGUACAUUUUUCUUGUAACAGUCGUGGGUGCGGAGAUAUUAACUUAAAACUUGUACAGAUACUGUAAGACCAGCAAUAUCAGCCCUAUUUAAAUAAUUUUUGUAAGGCUGAAGGCUUUGUACAGCUUAAACACAGUAUGUAUAUUUACAUUACAGUACGAAUUUACGGAGUCUGGUGAAUAACACUGUGUAUAAACUAAUAAUAAGUAUCAAAAGUGUUGAUGACGUGUAUAAUCUACUGUAUACAAUUUAUCUAGAUUUGUUACAUCCCGAAAUUUUCACGCUGUCGAUAUAAUUUAAUAAAGAAUCCUUCUAUUUUUGUUCGAUACCUUA